UCCCCCGGGUGUGACGAGGUCGCCAUCCCCGUCCCCGUCGUCGCGCCGCGCUUUAUCGUGAACGCGACGGUGGAAACCAACUGGGAUGCGGUCGCCCUGACGCUGAAUCUGACCCGACGCGACUCGGGUACGGCCACGGACCCGUGGCCCAUCGCCGGCACCACCACCACCACGGCCGUGGCGAGCAACUUUACCAUCGGAGCGACGCUUUGCCAGGGACCCCCAGGGGCGCCGGUGCUGGUGUUGACCCACGGCAUCAUCGAAUCCAAGCUGUAUUGGCGUCCCAAUCUGACCAACGCAUCCGAGUACAGCUUCGUGGAUGCAGCCCUGGCAGCAGGCUAUUCCGUCCUCAGUUAUGAUCGGAUCGGCGUCGGGACCUCGUCCAAGGUCAACGCGCUGUCCGAUGCCCAAUUCCAGGUGGAGACGGCGGUGCUCAACGCGCUCACGGCCUACGCCCAGCACGCCACGAACGCCUCCCGCGUGGCCCUGGUGGGACACAGCUAUGGCGCCUAUCUGACGGCGGCCUCCGCCAGCCAGAUCGCGGUGGAUGCGGUCGUGCUGACGGGGUUCAGCGGCACCUUUGAUUACUUUGGGCCCUUCCUGGCGGGGGCCGGCCUGCGCAUUGCGCGGGAUCAGAACCCCGCCCGCUGGGGGACAUUGGACGCGGGCUAUCUGACGUCGUCCGACCUGUUCGCCGAGACGUAUGUCUAUUUCGCGGACCCGUACUUUGAGCACCGGGUGGCCGAGUGGGCGUUUGCCACCGAAAGCGAGCCGUUUGCGGUGGGCGAAUUGCCGUCGUUGUUGGCGACCACGAUUGAGUAUGGCCAGAUCACUGCCCCCGUCUUGCUCCUGCAGGGCCAGUUCGACGUGUCCGCCUGCGGGGGGAACUGUGUAGGCCUGCUGAACAGCACCCAGGCGUUGUUUGCGCGCGCGAGCACGGUCGAGACCGUGGACAAUCUUCCCGCUGGGUAA